AUGGAGAGGUCCAGGUUUAAUUUACCGCAAGACUUGUUGGAAGAGAUUUUGUCAAGGCUUCCAGUGAAAUCUUUGAUACGUUUCAAGUGUGUAAAAAAAUCAUGGUCUAAUCUUCUUCAAAACCGAAAUUUCAUUGCAAAACAGCACUACAACCGUUGUUCUCAAACGCAUCCAAGUCUUCUCGCUGAGAGCUUGGACUAUACUAUCUGGGGAUCACCUAUCACCCCAAGGUAUUUCUUAUCAUUGCACACUCAUCCCGAUGAUGAUGAAGAGAGGACGACCAUGGUUGCUAUGACCACCCGCUUACCCCGCAUGUGUGUUUGCAUCAACGGCAUAAUUUGUCUCGCUGGUUCUUUCGUUGGCUUCAAUGGCUUUGUGUUAUGGAAUCCAGCAAUUAGACAAUAUAAGCUCGUUUCCUAUCCCAAUUUUCCUUUUCCAGCUGCCAAUUGUUUUGAUUGUUUUGCAUUUGGUUAUGAUCACAUAUCUGACGACUACAAGGCGGUUAGUAUUUGCGCCCGUUACUGGAAUACGGGCAAUUCAUUCAUAUAUAUGGACUCGUGUGUUCAUGUGUACACCCUAAGUACUGAUUCUUGGAGGCAAAUCAAUCCUGCUUUUGAUCAUUCAGACGUUCGUUUGCAUUCUUAUCAGAAUGGAAUAUACUUGAAUGGAGUUCAUCAUUGGCUCGGAUUACUCAUGGACAAGUUCGGACAGUGUGAAUGUGAGAUAAUUGUAUCCUUUGACAUGGGCAAUGAGGUGUUUCAAAUAACAAAGUUGCCAGAGUUGGACAAUGUUCUUCGUGAGAAGUAUAAAUUUUUUGCUGCGUUCAAUGGAUGCCUUGCUUUGAUUUAUGUUGAUAAGAUAGAAGAGACCUUGGAGAACGUUUUUGAUAUAUGGGUGAUGUGUGAAUUUGGGGUCAAGGGAUCUUGGACCAAACAACUUGUAGUUAUCACACCUCAAUUAGAAAUUGCGAGACCACUGGGAUUUGCCAAAAAUGAAGAACUUUUUCUGCUAUCUAAAGAUAAACACGCAGUAUUCUUGUAUAAUAUUGGUUCUCAAGAAAUCAAGAAUCUUCCAUUUAGAGGGCUUCUAAACUCGAACCGCAAAGGGCAUGUUAGAGUUUACGUGGAGAGCCUGGUUUCAUUCACGGGUGGAUAUGUAUUUCAAUAUAAUCAAGCUCCUAAUGAUUUUACUAAAUCCAUCAUAGAUCGCUUCGUUUGGGACCAAAUUGACCUUUCAGAUCCAACUUGGGCAUGCUCAAAGGAUGCUCAGCAAUAUGCUUCCAUUAGAGAUGAAUUUCGUUUCUAUGAAUUUUUGAUGUCACUUCACAAGGACUUUGAGCCCAUUCGAAGUCAGCUUCUGAAUCACAGUCCUGCUCCCUCUCUUGAUACUGUUGUGAAUGAGUUGGUUAGAGAAGAAAUUCAUCUUGCAACCCUUCAAGCCCAGAAUAUGCUCAAUGUUUUGGCUAUUACUCCUUCGACUCCACUCAUAGAGCAACCUUAG